ACGUUGUGAAUAACUAUUUCUGUAUGCCUACCUACAAAUGCCCUUCUACAUAUGGCUACUUCUCAAUGACAAUGUUAUCCUGAAAUGACAACAAAACUGGCGCGUGCGCAAUACCAAGGCCCGAGUCCCCGAUACAAGAUGGCGGAGAAGGUGGGGAGGGAGAGGCGGAGGCGGGUACGGAUUGAAUAGAGCAAAGCCUAUACAGGGUUCUCAACAAACCUCUACAAGGACAGGACAGAUGAGGAGAGAUGACAAGUGAGAAUCACACAACAGUGAAGGUGGACACCUCUAUGGUGAUGUCUCCCACAGGCUCUGCCACACAGGGGUCUCCUGUCUCACCUUCAACCAGCAAACCAAUGCCAGAGUUGCCAGACGAACUCGUCCAGGCAGGCUGGUCGAAAUGCUGGAGCAAGCGGGAGAACAGGCCCUACUGGUUCAACCGCUUCACCAAUCAGUCGCUGUGGGAGAUGCCAGUCCUGGGGCAGCAUGAUGUCAUUUCUGACCCGCUGGGUUUGAACGCUGCCCCAGCCGAGGGAACGGGCGACGCCGGCGUGGGCAACGGGCAACGCAAGAGACGCCUGUCGGAGGAAGCCGCCCAGGGGGGUCCUAACAGCUUCAAGAGGUCCAAGAUUGAGGUUGGUAUACCUGUAACCCCAACGACCCCGAUAGUUCCCAUCUCACCCAUUACCCCCGGGGCUAAGCCAUGGAACUCUACCACAGGCACAGAAGACAAGCCAGGGCAGCACUCUAUGCCCGCCCCAGCCCCAUACCGUCCCAGCGUAAUAUACUGGGACCUGGAUGUUCAGACGAAUGCAGUGAUCAGAGAGCGACCCCCUGCCAACCAUCUACCGCCCCACCCAGAGAUGGAGCUCCAACGUGCCCAGCUCACCACCAAGCUACGGCAGCACUACCACGAGCUCUGCUACCAACGAGAAGGUAUCGAGCCCCCACGGGAGUCCUUCAACCGCUGGCUGCUGGAGCGCAAGGUGCUGGACAAAGGGCCAGACCCCCUACUGCCCAGCGAGUGUGACCCCAUCAUCUCCCCGUCCAUGUUCAGAGAGGUCAUGAAUGACAUCCCCAUCAGGUUGUCCCGCAUCAAGUACAAAGAGGAGGCCCGAAAGCUCUUAUUCAAAUACGCCGAAGCUGCCAAGAAAAUGAUUGACUCGAGAAACGCCACACCAGACAGCCGAAAGGUUGUGAAAUGGAAUGCAGAGGACACCAUGAACUGGCUACGGAGGGACCACUCGGCCAGUAAAGAGGACUACAUGGAUCGUCUGGAUCACUUGCGGAAACAGUGUGGUCCCCACGUAGCAGCAGUGGCCAAAGACUCUGUGGAGGGGAUCUGUACGAAGAUCUACCACAUCUCAGCAGAGUACGUGCGACGCAUUCACCAGGCCCACCAGGCGUUGCUGAAGGACUGCAACGUGUCGGACCCAGAGGCAGCAGAUGUGCAGGACAGGCUGGUAUACUGCUACCCCAUUCGGCUGGCCUUGCCCUCGCCGGCUCAGCCACGCGUGGAGCUGCACUUUGAGAACGACAUCGCCUGUCUGCGCUACAAGGGAGAGAUGGUCAAGGUCAACCGCAGCUACUUCACCAAGCUGGAGCUAUUAUACCGAUACAGCUCCAUCGACGAUCCCAGGUUCGAGAAGUUCCUGUCACGAGUGUGGUGCCUUAUCAAGAGAUACCUGGUGAUGUUUGGUGCCGGGGUGAAUGAGGGGACGGGCUUACAGGGGGCUCUCCCCGUGCCUGUCUUUGAGGCCCUCAACAAGCAGUUCGGGGUGACCUUUGAGUGUUUCGCCUCACCACUCAACUCCUACUUCAAGCAGUUCUGCUCUGCCUUCCCCGACACAGAUGGCUUUUUCGGAUCCAGGGGGCCCUUUCUGAACUUCUCACCAGCCAGUGGCUCCUUUGAGGCCAACCCUCCCUUCAGUGAGGAGCUGAUGGAUGCCAUGGUGACACACUUUGAGAAACUGCUGGAGAAGUCCAGCGAGCCUCUGUCCUUCAUCAUCUUUGUCCCGGAGUGGCGAGACCCGCUGACCCCGGCCCUCCACCGCAUGGAGACCAGCGCCUUCCUCCGCCACCAGAUGUCGGUGCCCGCCUUCGAGCACGAGUACCGCAGCGGCUCGCAGCACAUCUGCAAGAAGGAGGAGAUGUACUACAAGGCCGUCCACGGCACGGUGAUCAUCUUCCUGCAGAAUGCCGCCGGCUUUGCGAAGUGGGAGCCCACGCCGGAGCGCAUCCAGGAGCUGCUGGCAGCCUACCAGGUCUCCAGGCGAGCCUUGGGCUCCCCGGGUCCCUCCACCGCUCCCACUACGCUCUCCCCGGCCAGUGCAGGGGGGUCAGGCGACAAAGACUCUAUUGCCGCCAAAACGGCACCCGAACGAUCAGCCAGUUUGGACACAUCACCUGCUCGCCAGGACAACAGCAGUAGUAGUAAUCCUGUGGGAAAGACUACACCACCUUCUGAAACAGCCAGCGUUUAAAAGCAGGGGAGGGGACGUAGGUGAGGAUAGGGAGCGUUUGGUGGUGGGGGUAGACCACAAAUGGUGCUGAGUGUGGGGGGGGGAGAUUUGGUCUUCGACUGCUAGAGUGGACUACGAAGGAGGGCCUCCCUUAAAAUCAGUUUACUUUCUCAACUAUUUAAUAUUAGUUCUACUAGGUUUUUAUAAUUCUGGUCGUUAUUUACUGUAGUAACGCUUGUUGCUUUUUAUCAAUGUAGCUAGUGGUUGUGGUUUACUAGGAUUCCUUUUUUCUAUCAUUGGUGCUGUCGUCGUCAGUAAUUAUUGGGUAAUUCUAGUCAUUGUUCAUUGGCCUUUUUGAAGUACUGUUUGUCCCAAAUGGCACUCUGGGAAUAGGCUGCUAUUUGGAACUCAUGGAUAGUGAUCUGCUCCCGAGCAGCAGGACUUGGCUGUCAGUGGAAUUGAAAAAUCUGUAUUUUGAAAGACUUAAGUUUUGUUUGUCCAAAUCCCUUCUAAUCCUUAAUAGGUACAGGAUGGAGGUGUCGUUGGGUAAUAAGGCAGCUAUGUUUCUAACCCGCUUAAGCCGACAAACAGUUUAGAGGCAACCCGUGUACAUACGACAGCCAGCAGUAAGUUAGAGUACUGAACGAGAGAGAUUCAGGCCUUUAUAUUGCUGCAUUGCAUUGUGGACUACUGUUAUGCAGGUCAGAAAUACCAGAGAGUAGUAGUUCCAUAUUGGCCCUGUCCAAGUCCAUGCACCGUUUCCAUAUCUGCGUUUGAAGAAAGCUCAUCAAGUUGUUAACCGCUUUCCCGACGCACGCAAAAUACAGGCCUUUAAUACAUCUUACAAUGGCAAUAUGUUGUAAACCAUUGGCUCGAACAACAGCUGAAUUAUUCUUAUUUUCCCCCUGUGCUAUAUGUAAGUCCAAAGUAACAACUACGAAAGGAGUUGAACUGGCUUGUUGAGCAAAAUGUGUCCCUUCCCUUAGAGCACUAUCCCACCUCUUUUAAAAUAAGGAAAAGCACUAAAUGAAAUGAUAUCUGAUAUAAAAUUAUACCCUCUUUAAACAUAGAAUAUAAUGUCCAUUGUGUUCAACCUUGGUUGUGGUGUUUUCACAUUGUCGCGUGGCAUAGAAAAAUAGAUUAGUUACGUUGUUUUUAAUCCCUCCAAUCUCAAUUGUAUUUUUUGUAUAUGUUUACACCAGUAUGAGAUUAGAACGCAUCACUGGGCAGCACUAUGAAUGUAAAAUUUGAAAAGGCAAAACAAGAAGGUCAUGAUGCCUUGCGUCCGACGUGGCACUCUGUACCCUCUGUAGUGCCCUAAUUUUGGGCUCUGGUCAAAAGAAGUGCCCUAUAUAGGGACUAGAUUGCCUUUUGGGACACAGGCCCAAGAGCCUCACUUCGACCUCAGUCAUCGAGGGGAGAGAAUUCAUGUAUUAAAAAAAAUAAGAUGAAAGACAAAUGUUAUUGUACAAUUCCUCCAUCAUAUGACAAAUUUGUCUCUGUCCUUGUAAACUAUGAUUAUCAGGCACGGACUGUCAUCUCAGCAUAUGCUCUCAUCUAUAGCCCAAAUGCUUUGUACAAUGAGCUUAGACAUAGUUUCUUCUAGAUAGCAUCACUUGCCUUUGCCCCAUUUGUAUAUACUUAGUAGUGAGGUUUUUUUAAUAGAGAACUACAAUGAUUGCAGGCAUAAGGCUGUAGGAUAAGACAAAGAUCUGUUUAUGCUGUUGAAAAUGUAUGAUGGUCAUCUUGCUCUUUGAACAUGAUACGUACUACAGUAAGUCUGGCAUCGCGCCCCAGAACCUGGAUACAAACUCUAGCAAUUCGUUCUUUGUCAUUUGAGCGUCGAGCACCAGUCACAUACCCUGAUCCUAGUAUGUUUCUGUCACCAGCAAAACAAAUUGUAGAUAUUGUACAGAAAAAUUGGUAUGAAUUGUGUUAUUUUUCUCUGUUACACAAUUGUAUUGAGCUCUGAUGAAAGAAAAAAAAAAAACAAUUGAAUGUUGUCUUUCUCCAUGUUUUUUUUUAUGAGUUCAUUUAACAUAAUUUUAAAAUAUGUUUAUGUAUUAUACAGUUUAUCACAUAGAAAUUGUUUUAAUCUAAACCAAAGUGUUAUUAAAAGAAGAAAAAAAUCUAUCUUGUAUCUAAAAGUAGACUUGUGUAUGAUUGCAUCAGUAAUGGAUAAGGUGUAACCAGCAAAAUUACUCCUUGAGUUUAUUUUUAUAAUUCGUUUUUUUUUGUUUUUUUUUUUUGUUCUAGUAAGAGCAGAUUGUAUGUUUGGAAUUUAUUUUGCAUGACACUUUUGACACUUAAAUCAUAAAAAUGUUUAUUCUUAAAUCAAUUCAUAGACUUUUUACAUAAAGUAUGAGUAUGACGACAUGUAUUUAUCCUCGUUUACCCUUAUGGUAAUUUAUUGUCUGUAGAACAUUUGUAAUGCCAUGAAUGUUUUUCUCAAUGUGAUUCCUAUGGGCAAGAAUAAGGAGAAUGUAAAUACUGUCUGUGCUGAAUUCAUUCAUUAAUCUUCCUAGUCUUCUCUCUGAGUAGAUUAUCAAUGUUUCUCCAUUGGAACAAGCAUACAGAUGCGCUGAAUCAUAUUUGUUCCCAGUAAAAUGUGUCAAACCAUGUAUGUUGUUUGCAUUUCUAAUAAACUACCAUACCGUAGCA